UAUGGAGUGAUUUUUUCAACCGCCAUUUCCUAAAACUCCAUUUCCAUUUUUGGCGGGAAACAGAAAACCCUCAUUCUCCUCAACAACAAUGUCGGACGAAGAAAUGGAGGCGGCCGCCGGAGAAACGGAGCAAGAGGUGGAAGAGGAAUUCGCCGUUUGGAAGAAGAACACGCCCUUACUAUACGACCUUGUUAUCUGUCAUGCCCUUGAAUGGCCUUCUCUCACUGUUCAAUGGCUUCCGUCACCCACCGUCGAUGAAGGUUCCUUUGCUGUACACAAGCUCAUUCUCGGAACUCACACUUCCGAUGAUUUCCCUAACUACCUUAUGGUCGCAAAUGUUCAUCUUCCCCGUAAUCCUGUUUCAGGAAUUGAACACAAUCUCAUUAAUCCUCAAAUCCCUAAGGUAGAGAUAGUACAGAAGAUUCAUGUUGAUGGAGAAGUGAAUAGGGCCAGAUGUAUGCCACAGAAGCCAGUUGUAGUUGCAGCGAAGACUAGUAGCUCUGAAGUUUAUGUCUUUGACUCUGCUAAACAGCCCCUUGAUCAUGAAGGGGGAUCUUGUAACCCUGAUGUUAGACUUAGAGGGCAUGGUAAAGAAGGUUAUGGUUUGUCGUGGAGCCCAUUUAAAGAGGGUUUUCUUUUGAGUGGUUCAAAUGAUCGUAAGAUUUGUUUGUGGGAUGUAUCUGCAAUGCCUCAAGAUAAAGUGCUUAUGGCCCAUCAUACAUUUGAGGAGCAUGAAGAUGUAGUUGAGGAUGUGUCAUGGCAUCCAAAGAAUGAGAACCUAUUUGGUUCUGUCGGAGAUGAUUGUCGUCUUAUCAUUUGGGACUUACGCACAAAAAGAUCUCAACACUCAGUUUUAGUGCACAAGAAAGAGGUGAAUUAUUUAUCUUUCAACUCGUAUAAUGAGUGGUUUCUUGCUACAGCAUCGUCAGAUAGUACUGUUGGUCUGUUCGACAUGCGAAAGCUGAGUCUUCCGCUGCACGUGUUUGGCAGUCAUACGGACGAGGUAUUCCAGGUGGAAUGGGAUCCUAAUCAUGAGACUGUACUGGCAUCUUCAGGUGGUGAUAGAAGGUUGAUGGUCUGGGAUCUUAACAGGAUUGGGGAUGAGCAAUUGGAAGGGGAAGCUGAAGACGGUCCCUCAGAACUACUUUUCUCUCAUGGCGGCCACAAAGCAAAGAUAUCUGACUUUUCAUGGAACAAGAACGAGCCAUGGGUCAUUUCAAGUGUGGCUGAAGACAACUGUGUCCAAGUCUGGCAGAUGGCUGAGAGCAUCUACCGUGAAGAUGAUGACAAUGGCGACUGCUGAGUUUCCCAGCUCUAGGUGUUUAAUUCUUUUUUUUUUUUUGGGGGGGGGGGGGGGGGGGGGGAGGCCAUUGUAAGCGGUCUUCAGAUGUAUGAGCUAGAUAUGUGUUCAUGCAUAUCAACUUUAUGAGGUGCAGUAUCGUUAGGUAGAAAAGUACCAUUGAUAUGUAGUUGUAUGUGGGAUUGCAUGUUAAACCUCAAUUAUAUAGGCAAGGAUGAGAACUGAAUCCAUGUGCAAGCCACUUGAACACGCAUGCCUUUAUUAUAGGUAUCGUACUCUUCA